CCAGCAAACUCGAUGGUGCUUGAUCUUGAAGACGAUCAUUGGUCAAAAUGGUUCACAGAACUAGAAUUACAAGAGAUAAAUGCAGCGACAGAACGUCAAAAGAAACACCUGCCUCAAGAAAUGAAAAGUUACCUUGAUGCUUUACCGGAAUCUGACGAUAUCAACGUACUUUUCAACUACUUAAACGAACAGCAAAUAAACCCUAGUGAUCAUCGUGGGCUUUAUUUUCUAAAAACAACACUAUUGUACAGUCUUGAUUUGUUCAGGAUAUCCUACUUGCCAUUAACUGACCAAGGAGAAAGUGACAUAAUGCGUAGGAUU